UAUUUUGAUAGCUGAAAGAUCGAACCAGUUCGAACCAUCCAGAACCAUCGAACAAACGUGCCUCGUAGUGUAUCAGUUUUUGGCGUAUUUCUUAUUUUUGAUUAAAUUUCUAUACGCUAGAAUGUAGAGCAAAAAUUAAUUGUUAGAUCCUUUCAGAUAUACAAUUAUUGCUAUGUCCGAAAUUAUUGCAUUGCAGGCACACAAUGUUCAGAGGAAGAAAUUGAGAGGAAGCGUUUGCUUGCUCUGCAGCGUAAGCAACGUGCCCAGCAAAACAUGAGGGUUAAUAAUGUAGGAGCUGUGGCACUUUCUAUUAGUCCUAUUACUGCAAGCAUGGUUUCAAAAGAUACUAUGAAAUGUAAUCCAAGCAGUCCAUUUGUGUCUCGUUCGAAAUUUCCCUCGUAUCGGUUUGAUCCAAUUAAUGGGAAAAAUUCUGCUAGUCAUAAACCAAUUAAUGCACAAACGUUUUUUGGGAACAAGAAAGAGUUUCCACCAGAUGAAACUAAGAUCACUGCUGAAUUUUAUAUGAUCAGCAAGACAAGAUUUGCUAUCAAUAUUUAUCCCUUUUUUCAACCUCUGAUUGAGACUGUAAAGACCAUUCCUAGUAAAACUUAUGAUUUGUCAUCAAAGAUAUGGAAUUGUCAUUUGAAUGAUUAUGAAACAUUAAUAGGAAAAAUUACACGCGACCAUUCACAUGUGCGUGUGACUCCUAUACCAAAAGUUGUUAUCAAGACCCUUAGACAAUAUAAAGACUCAGAAAAGAAAAAUUUUGAAAAAGAUUUGUCAUCGAUAGAUCCAAAACUACUAGAAAUUCUGAUGCCUUUUCAACGUGAUGGCAUUUGUUUUGGAAUUGAAAGAGGUGGCAGGUGCAUGAUAGCUGAUGACAUGGGAUUAGGAAAGACAAUACAGGCAUUGGGUAUAGUCCAUUAUUAUAAAGAUGACUGGCCUCUUUUAAUAGUGACACCAUCCUCGGUCAGGUAUCAGUGGUCUGAAGCAAUUUUCAAUUUUUUGCCUUCCGUACCCACACAGUAUAUACAUCAUUUCACAAGUGGAAAAGAUUUCAUAGAUGAUGCUAAAAUUGUUAUAGUUUCAUAUGACUUAUUAGGUAGAGCCAUAAAUACAUUUGAGAGAGGAAAUUUUCCUACAAUAAUUCUAGACGAGUCGCAUGUUGUAAAAAGUGCAAAAACUGCUAGAACGAAAGCUGUGCAAAAAAUUGUGGCCCAGAGUCGUCACGUAAUUUUACUAAGUGGGACACCAGCACUUUCUCGCCCAAUGGAAUUAUACUCACAAAUUUCUUUAAUCUGGCCUCAUUUCAUGGGAUUUCACGAAUACGCUGUCAGGUAUUGUGCUGCUGUUAAGGGAAACUUUGGUUGGGAUUAUUCAGGAUCCUCGAAUCUGCAGGAGUUGCGAAUCUUCUUGGAAGUUCGUUGUUUGUUGCGAAGAUUAAAAAGUGACGUACUAAAGCAACUUCCGUCAAAGAUAAGGCAAGUCAUAAUGUUAGAUCCUCUCCUGAUAGAGUCAGGUACUAAAGAGAUGAAACAAGCAAUUAAGAAUUAUGAGAAAAAGAGUAUAAAAGGCACAGACAGGCACAAUGCGCUGCUUCAAUAUUACUCAGAGUCAAGUAGAGCACGCUUGCCAGCUGUUCGUGAUUAUAUCUCCAAUCUGUUAACCUCCAACAAGAAGUUUCUUAUAUUUGCUCAUCAUCAAUGUGUCCUAGAUUCAAUAAGCGAAUUGGCAGAAGAGAAAAAGAUCAAAUACAUAAGAAUCGAUGGAAAAACGACAUCAGAGCAACGAAAAGCACUCGUAGAUAUUUUUCAAGAGCGCUCCGAAUACUUAGUUGCAAUUUUAUCAAUAACUGCAGCAAAUGCUGGUGUCACCUUGACAGCAGCCCAAUUGGUAAUCUUCGCUGAAUUGUUCUGGAAUCCUGGAAUUCUUUGUCAAGCUGAGGAUCGUGCCCACAGAAUUGGCCAGGAUGGUAGCGUAAUAAUUCGUUACCUCAUAGCAAAGAAUACAGUGGACGAUCACUUAUGGCCUAUGAUACAAAGGAAAAUGGGAAUACUAAAUGCAGCUGGUCUGAAUCAGAAUAUCUCAUUCAGUGAUGUGGACGUUGUUAAUCACGAGGAUACGAAUCAGACUCGUCUGGAUGCAUUUGUCGUAAAGAGUCCUCCAAAAAGUUCUACCAACGCCACCACGUCAUCUUCGAGUGAAUUAAACGAUUCGAAAGAACUGCAAUGGGUGGAUGACCUGGAGGAAUAUCUCGAGGAUGAGCAUUCAACGAAAAUCGAUGUAACCGCUAAAAAUGUUAAUGAACCCGAUAAGAAUGUGCCUUCGAAGAAUGAAUUCCAUCACUUAUUAGAAACGGAUGACAUGGAUGACAUAGAUCUAGCCAGUAUUGAUUUAGAUAACAUUACAUCAUACAGUACAAAGCCUUGAAUGUUUUCGAAUUUAUUUUUCGUUACUUUUGUAAUAUAUAAAAAAUGUCUUAAUACUCAUUUGUAUUUCCCGCCAUAA